GAAAGCGGACAUUCGGUGGCUCAUCUUAAUCCGGUCGAUGAAAUGGCAAAUGUUGGCCGAAGCAUUUGGUUGGAGCCUGCAAACUAUUUGCAGCUUUUAAAAUACUUUACUUUAUCUAAAAAGAGUUAG